AUGGGCGCUAUGGUACUUGUGCGUUUAGGUCUUCUGCUGUGUUUGUCGGGCCAGAUUCACGCAAUCAAGCGAGCUACUACCAAAGCUUUCACGCAUCCUGGCGGAAUGCAUCCUCAGCAGCAAAUUGAUUUUGUAAGAACGAAAGUUGCUCAAAGAGAGCAGCCGUAUUAUGAUGCAUAUACUCAAUUGAUCAAGAGUGCGGAUGCAGCCUUUAAUCAUAGUACACACGAGUUAGCUGACUUUUCUGUGCCUGGUUAUUAUGUCAACGCAACUAUGCAUCAAAAAAAUUCUGCCGGACUGCAAUCGGAUUCCUUUGAUGCUUAUGCCUGUGCGUUGGCUUAUCAUCUGAGCGGUUUUCAGGCCAAGUAUGCUGAUCAAUCAUUGAGAUUUUUGAGAGCAUGGGCUCAUGUAAAUAAUAAAUAUUCGGACUAUGAUGGCACUCUUGUUAUGGCUUAUUCUGGGCCGGGUAUGGUCAUCGCUGGUGAAUUGCUUUACCAUUAUCAUGGAUGGAAUCCUGUCGAUCAACAAAAAUACUUACAAUGGGUAAAAAAUGUUUAUUUGAAAGCAUCGAAUGAAAUUCGAACUCGUACAAAUAACUGGGCAGACUGGGGUCGAUUCGGUUCGAUUCUAUCAGGUUACUUGUUGGAAAAUUCGACGGAAAUUGCUGAAAAUAUUCGUUUGAUCAAAAAGGAUCUCUUUCACAAGAUUGCUCAAGAUGGCCACAUGCCUGAAGAAACGAAACGUGAAGCAAAUGGAAUUUGGUAUACAUACUUUUCUCUAGCGCCUAUUACAGCAGCAUGUUGGGUUGCUUAUCGAGCAACGAAUGAAAAUCUUUUCACAAAUUUUACACAAGGUACCGCAUCGAUUAAAUUAGCACUUGAUUACCUUCAUUAUUACAAUAUGAAUUCUAAUUUUUGGCCGUGGUAUCCAAAUCCAAAUAAAGGAUCGCCAUCGUCUUGGCCAGGCAAUCUGUUAGAAGCUAUGGCGCCUAUCUAUGGAUCGGAUAGUUUUGUCGACUAUGUCAAAGCUGCACGACCAUUAAUUUACCGAAACCAUCACUUUGCUUGGACAUUUCCUACGUUGAUGAGAACUCAAUUGGGUGAUUAUCCGAAAAAAUAA